GGCACCAUUCUGCAGGCAGUUGAAAUUUCGAUUUGGGUGAAUCUGAACACCGCUUGUCGGCCCCAAGUUUCAUUUUUCUCAGAGUAUAUUCCUUCAACACGUCUAUUCCAGUUUCUACCAGAAAUGGUCACUUAUAUUCUUAAAGAAUACUUCUAUUCUUAAAGAAUAUGCCUCGUUCGCCGGUGCCGAGGGCUCCAGGAAUAGAACAGUGCAUCGGGUUUUCAGAAAUACUGUGAUGCCCACUACAAACCUAACGGCGAACGAUAUAGCAAGUUGUGUGGAAUCGGCAGUGAACGGUCUGAGUCAAAUGGAGCACAACACUGUUGCUCUUCAAGUUGUCACCGAUUUGUACUGCUGCUUGUCGUCUAUUACCAAACUGGCCAUCGAAACCCCUGCCGGGAACCGCGCUCCUCAUGUUGACAUCGAGAUAUGACAAUGUGUGAAGCGUUGGCUGAAGGCUGAUGAGGCUGGAGAACUAGAGGAUGAUAAAGAAGGGAAUGCAGACACAGGGGAAAGAGGAAAGCUGAGGCUGGAGAGGCAUUUCGAAGGAGACAAAGGCUGUAGUGCUAAAGAUGCAAAUAGGCUGGUUACUGAGACGAAUGUAAUCGAAAUCCCCCAAGAUCCAAAAUAUGGGAAGAUUACGGACAGAGGAAAGUUUAUGCCAAUGAGGUAUUGUAAAUGUUGGGGUCUUCUUAUCCUUUCUUUAUUUAUAUUAUUAAAAUUAAGAAUUAUUUUGCAAAACAAAAUAGGCCUAAGUAUUAAAAAUGUUGGGGAUUUGUAAUCCUUUCUUAUUUAUUUAUUAAUAUUAUUAAAUCAUCAAUGGCAUUGAGCUAAGACAAGUCUUAGCGUCAAGUCUUUACAAGUCUUCACGACUUCAGUAAUAUCUAUAAAUAGGGCUGAAAUUCUAUUACAUUGAACCAAUAAAAAAUAAUUUCAUUAUACCAUGAAUUGAUAACAAUGAAAAAACUAUCAUUUAAACUUUCAUCAAGUGAGGUUUGCAGUCUCCCUGUCUGUCCAUCAAGCAUGAUCAAUCAUUAUAAUAAAAUUAUAAAUUGAAUUUAGAAAUUUAAAUUAGUAAAGAAUUAUCAUCAUCAUCAUCAUAAUCACAUAAAUUAAUGGAUGAAUUUAAAAGAGGAUAAAUUUAUGAGGUUAUAUAGUGUACCUGUGUAAUAAGCAGAAGUAAUUUAAUUUUGAGUAUGGAUUGAAUAAACAAUUAAAAUGAAA